AUGGAGGUGCUAUUAGUCAGCAACUGCAAAGUACUGCAGCGAGCAGUAAUCACUGUCGAGGAGUAUGUCAUAGUCUCGAAGCGGGCGCUGAAACAGCUAAGCGUAAUGAUAGAUGUCCGACUGAACUUCAACACCCACGUCGACUAUGCUUGCGAGAAGGCGGCCAAAGCUAUAAACGCUUUAGCCAGAAUCAUGCCGAACAACGCCGGGCCAUGCAGCAGCAAGAGGUGUCUUCUAGCUAGCGUAUCAUCGUCGAUACUGAGAUACGGAGGCCCGGUCUGGGUUGCAGCACUAGAGACACAGCGGAAUUGA